CACUGCAUGGCACGACCGGCGAGAAAGAAGACGUCGCCGCGAUGAACCCUCGCGAUGAUGCGGCGCCAUGUCGAAUAAGAUACAAGAAGGGGGGGAGACGGAGCUUGAGGUGCCCACCCAACCCACCACACCCUCAUGACGAGCGAGAAAGAGCAGCAACCGCUCAUGGCGGGGCAUCUACCCACCUACCACGAGGCGGCUAGCCAGUCAAACGCUACGGAGCUCAUCAUCGGCCUCGACCACGCACGCACGCAACGUCGUCGCCAGGCAAGCAUCAAGGCUUUGCUCCUCCUCGUCGUAACAGUUCUUGCUGGAGGAGGUCUCCUCUACCACUUCCAACCUAGCGACUCGUCUUCCCACCUCUCGCACGGUGGUGGGGAAAACCGAGGACCGUUCCCCUGGUUCCCUCCCCCUCCUCAUCGACCAGGUCACGGUCCCCCGCCUCCUCCGCCUGGAGGCCCACCGCACCAUCAACCCUUGCAAUGCUGGCCCCUCCCUGCAGGAGAGGAGGUGAACAUUUCCCUCCCCUUGGCCGCUCCUCACCCGCCCCCACCUCACCCGCCCCUUCAUCGCGGUGCCCAUGCGUGGCGCUGGCUUGGUGGUCUCCUUCGCCGCCAUCGUCACGGCCCCCCUCCGCCUCCGCCUCGCGGACCGACCAUCUAUCUCCACACGAGUCUGCUCAGCUCCGAGGUCAAGGUUGUGAGGGACGAGAUGGGGAGACAUGAGCCUUCCGCGCCCCUGCAUCUGGGCAACGUUGACGAGCACGAGCGCGAGCACGAGCGCGAGCAUGGGCAUGCCCCCGCGCCUCCCCGUCACCCCUUUACGAUCAUGGGAACCUUUACUCGCCAGGCCGCCAAGAAAGAGCAUAAGUCGGCUGGUGGUGAUGGAGAUGAUGGCGAGGAGAGAAAGCCCCGCAACCUCGACAUCUGCACCUUCCCCGCCCCUCACGGCGGCGUGACGGUAGGCAUCUUCCGUCCUCCCCCAAAGCACCAUCGAGACCACCUCUCCCCACCCCCUCCUCCUUCUCACGGGGAGCAACGUCCCUUUCCUCCCUUCCCGCGCGAACAGUACAAGGAAAUCUCAGCCGUACUCCAUCUUCCCGCUGGGGCGCCGCUAGAGAUUGGCACCGUACCUCCUCCGCCUCCCCCGCCUGGACAUGGGCAUCGCGAUGGAGCUUCAGUCAAGGGGAGGAAGAAGGGGUGUGGAUGUGCGGGGUGCGCUGCUGGACGACGAGGUUAGACUGCGCCGUGCGCCGCGCUGAUAUAUCGAUGAUUGAAUGCAGCCUGUUCAUACACACCGCGCUCUUGCUCUUUCUCAAACGAUGAUGUCGU